CGGAAGAAGAAGAAGAAGAAGAAGAAAAAAAGAACAGAAGAAGAAGAAAGAAGCUCGUUCAUUUCACAGAAGAUGGCAGACGGAUCUGCGUCGGUGAAGAAGAAGAAGAAGAAGAAGAAGAGGGCGAGAGUCGAUGAAGAGGAUGUUGGGGAGAUCCAGCAGACUGGAGACUUCGUCAUCCGUCCAGAAGCCAAAGCGGCGUCGUUGGACACGUCUCAGUGGCCCCUCCUGUUGAAGAACUUCCACAAGCUGAACAUCCGGACGGCUCACUACACGCCGGUGGCCAACGGCAGCAACCCGCUGAAGAGGAACAUCACAGAUUAUGUCAAGUCGGGCUUCAUCAACCUGGACAAACCGGCCAACCCGUCGUCUCACGAGGUGGUGGCGUGGAUCCGCAGGAUCCUGCGGGUGGAGAAGACGGGUCACAGCGGGACGCUGGACCCAAAGGUGACGGGCUGCCUGAUCGUCUGCAUCGAUCGAGCCACGCGAUUGGUCAAGUCCCAGCAGAGCGCCGGUAAAGAAUACGUCGGAAUCGUUCGGCUGCACAACGCCAUCGAGAGCGAGCUCACUCUGGCCCGG